CAACAGUUAGUUGUUAGUUUUUACUUUACUUUAUGUUUAUAGUUUAAUAGUUUUUAGCUUGCUUGCUUGCACUGCAGUGCAGUUGCAGCUGCAGCCUUGAACCCUGGUCCCUUGGUUUAGGUUUAGAUUUGGGAAUGUGGGAUGUGGUAGUAGUAAAAUUGUUAUAAAAUUACAUACAGGAAAUAAAAUUUAAGGAAAUGGAAGUAAAACAAGAAAUCAGUGAGCAGACGUGUGGGGUAGAAAUAGAUAAUAAUGGAGUGGAUGAUGUUCGUUUGGAGAACUUUAAAUCUGAAAUUAAGGAAGAAUCCAAUUUAGAAAGUACAGAUUAUCCUUUGGAAUGUUUGGAUUUGAAGGAAUUUCCAAUAAAGACUAAAAUAGAAAAAGAUGGAAAUGAAGUUACCUGUUUUGAAGAAAAACAAAAUACCACACAAAGUUUUACUCUGAACGAGAACAAAAUGAAAAUUAUGGAAACAUUUUCUGAACAUUCAUCUCAUAAAGAACCCCAUAUGAGUCCACAUGCCGAAGGAAAAACUGUAAAUGAAAUUGUAAAAGUUCAGACCACACACGGAUCUUACAAUUGUGAAAUUUGUUUAAAGCAGUUCUCUGUAAAAAGUAAUUUGAAAGCACAUUUAGUGGUGCACACUAGGGAAAGACCUCACAAGUGUAAAAUUUGUUUUAAACAGUUUAGUCAAGCAGGUACUUUGAAAAUACAUUUGAGAGGGCACACUGGAGAAAAACCUCACAAGUGUAAAAUUUGUUUUAAGCAGUUUGGCCGAGCAGGUACUUUGAAAAUACAUUUGAGAGUACACACUGGAGAAAAACCUCACAAGUGUGAAAUCUGUUUUAAACAGUUUAGUCAAGCUGAUAAUUUGAAAACUCAUUUGAGAAUACACACUGGAGAAAAACCACUUAAGUGUGAAAUUUGUUUUAAACAGUUUAGCCAAGCAGGUUCUUUGAAAACACAUUUGAAAUUGCACACUGAAGAACAGUCUUACACAUGUAAAAUUUGUUUUAAACAAUUUAGCCAAGCAGGUUAUUUGAAAAGACAUUUGAGAGUGCACACUUGGAAAAAAUCUUACAAUUGUGAAAUUUGUUUUAAGCAGUUUAGCCAAGCAGAUUCUUUGAAAGCACAUUUGAUAGUGCACAGCGGAGAAAAACCUUUCGAGUGUGAAAUUUGUUUUAAGCAGUUUUUUAAGAACAGUAGCUUGAAAUUACAUUUGAAAACACACACUGAAGAACAACCUCACAAGUGUGAAAUUUGUUUGAAGCCAUUUUCUACAGCAGGUAAUUUGAAAAGACAUUUGUUAGUGCACACUGGGGAAAAACUUUAUGAGUGUGAAAUUUGUUUUAAACAGUUUAACCAAGCAGGUAAUUUGAAAACACACAUGAUAUUGCAUACUGGUGAAAAACCUUACGCUGGAGAACAAUUUAACACAUGUAACAUUUGUUUUAAACAGUUUGGCAAAGCAAGUUCUUUGAAAACACAUUUGAGAUUGCAUACUGGAGAAAAACCUCACAAGUGUGAAAUUUGUUUUAAGCAGUUUAGUCAAGCUGAUGGUUUGAAAACUCAUAUGAGAAUACACACUGGAGAAAAACCUCAUAAGUGUGAAAUUUGUUUCAAGAAUUUUCCCGAAAAAGCUAGAUUAAAAAGACAUUUGAUGGUACACACGGGUGAAAAACCUCACAAGUGUGGAAUUUGUUGUAAGCAGUUUUCUGUAAAAAGUAAUUUGAAAACACAUUUCAGAUUGCACACCAGAGAAAAUACAUAAGGGGCUAUCCUAACGUUCUUACUUUCAGUAGACCCAUUGAUACCUUUCGGUGUUAAGCCAUUUAUUCAAUCUUAAAUAAGUGUCUGUAGUUGCGUCUAGCUCUUAAACUUUCUCCAUUCUUACCUUUUGGUUGCCAUUUGUGUUGCUUCUUGCCAAGUUUUCCCCUUACUUUGUAGUAUCUGGGAGAUGUCACUAUUCCAUUUUUUAACGGGUCGUCCUCUUCUGUUCUUCCCUAUUGGUUUUGCUUCCCACACUCUUUUCACUUGUCUGUUAUUCUGCCCUGCUUAGUAAAAACGUCCGAUCUACAAUUUUCGUCUUUUCGUGGUAAUGCUAUAUUCCACUACUAGUAGACAUUUAUCAUCUUAUUACUUAGUCAGAAAGUCCAUUCUGCCACCUCAAAUCGUACAAAAUUAUAAAUUUGUUUGUCCUUUCUACAAUUAACAGCUGUUGUGCUUAGAAUAAAUGUUCUAUAUGCUGACUAUAGUUAAAGCAUCCUAUCUGCAUCAAAAAUUGUGAAGAUAUGACUUUUUGGCUAAGUAAGUCAUGUUGAAAUCAUUCAACGGGUGAAAUUAAUGUUGACCUAGUGCUUAUACGAAAUAUAAUAUACGACAAGGGAAAUUACUAUAAAUCAUAAUGAAUACCCGAUCGCUUCUCAUACAGACAUUUUAAAAAUAUUUGGAUGUGAUAAUUAUUGUUGAUUUAUUGAAGUAUAAAAUACGUAAUAGUUUUGCCGCUGAAAUAAACUUAUCUAGUGAGAAAACGCAGUUAGUAAAAUUGAUGCUACUAUAGUAUGUGGUCUACCGUCUUGUUUCUUCUAUAGUUUGCGGUCUACCGAGGGAUGCGAUAUAUAAGCUGUAUUUUAUUACAAUGCCGACAAAAACAACUUUUUCAAAGUGAAUAAAACGCAUAAAUCAAGAAUUAUUAUUUUAAUUUUACAAAUUAUUACUUAAUAAUAAUAAUAAUGUAAUUUGUCAUAUCAAUUUGCAAUUUUAGUUGAGAAAUAGCCAAUUGUUCAAGGCUUAUUCUCAACUAAAAUAGUAAAUUGAUGUGAAAAAGUAUUAAGUUGUAAAAUUAAAAUAAUAAUUCUUCUGACUUAUGCGCUUUAUUCAUUUUAUAAAGAUUGUUUUUGUUGGUACUGUAUACAUGUGGGCUCAUCACCAUAUUAUUUUUUCGGAAGGGUUUGCACACAAUAAUGUACAUCGUUCUAGGCGAAAUUUUUAUUAAAGCACUAAUAAACAUUUAUACCUACUACUACUAUUUAGGAAUAUACAAUAUAAACUAUAGCCAAAUUUAGUUUCUUUACUAUUAUGCAAAUAACACCGUAAUCUUUUAUUUAUUUAUUUAUUUACUGCAUCCAUUUACAAAAGUUUUACAAGCUACACCUUAACCACAAUAAAUGAUUAAAAUAAUAAACACAUCAGAAUAAUACAAACAUAAAAGAAUAAUGCAGAACUACAUACAACAAACUUAUUGUAAGAUAUUUUCCCAGGGUAUGCGCAAAUAUUAAGCCCUCUUUUCAUAUAAAAUGGCCUGAUAGAUUUACUUUCAUUUCGUUUUACAUUUAUUUUGCUCCACAUGUUUAUUACUUGUGAAUAAAUAUUUUUUCUCUACAAGAGUUUUCUUUCGUUUCAUUAUUUUGUGCAAAUCCUUUAGGUAGAUCUCACCCCCGAGAUAGACCGCAUAUUAUUAGUAGCACCGUAAAAUUUUAAUUAUCAUUCAUACGUAUUUUGCACCAAAUGUUUAUUACUUGCAAAUACAUAUUUUUUCUACAAGAAUUUUCUUGAAUUUCAUUAUUUUGUGCAAAUCCUUCACGUAGAUCACAUCCCUGAGGUAGAACGCAUACUAUUAGCAGCACUGUAAAAUUUUAAGUGUCAUUCAUAUUCAAACUAAAAAAGUCCUAUCUGAAAAAUUAAGAAUUCUAAAUAACCUACACAUUAUUAAUACUUAGUUAAAAAGUCCUAUCUAUCAAAUCUCAAACUUGGAGUUAUUUUAGUGAUUGCCUGUAAAUCAAAAAAAAAAUUAAUCCUAAUUAACUGCUAAUGGCAAAAGUCUGCUUUUUAAAAUGAGGAUGGCACAGUAUUAACUAUAGAUAUCGCUUUUUUCUCAAAAGUCUAAUAUUGUCAGUUAGGACGUUUUUACUUAGCAGGGCAGUAUUGUCCAUCCGGGUUAGAUGUCCGAACCAUGCCAAUUUUUUCUCCUUAAUUGUGUCGAGUAUCGGUUUGAUCUCGAGUCUUUCUCUUAUUCCCUCAUUUCUUAAUUUAUUUGUUUUUCUUACUCCGAUCGUUUUUCUAAGGUAUUUCAUCUCUGCUGCCUGAAUUCUGCUAUUUUGUUUUCUGCUCCGUAUGUCACCGUAGGUCUAUAUAUUGUUUUGUAUGUUGUCAUCUUGGUCUUUGUUGAUAUUUCUUUAUUAUUAAGGAAUCCUCUACCUAGUGCUUGGAAUAGUUUUCCAUUCUGUUGUUAAGAUCGUCCUAGAUGUCUCCUUUGUUGUUGAUUACUGUUCCCAACUAUUUGUAUGAAUUUGUCUGUAUUAUUUUUGUUGAUCUACCAUUACUUUUACUUGAUCUUCCGUCCCUUGUUAUUUUCAUUAUCUGAGUCUUGUCUUUGUUUACAUUUAAGUUGUAUAAGUUAUAUUUCAGUUUUUCUGCUGUUUCCGCAAUUAGUACUAUGUGGUCUGCAAAUAUAUACAUCUCAGAUUUGGGAUCGCUAUUUUAAUUUCCAUUCACCCAUCUCUUCCAUUCUUUUCUGUUUUCUGUCAUUAUUUUCAAUUUCUCGAGUGAUUUUUCUUAAACUUUUCCCGCCUCUACUACUUGCUGUAUCCAUUUUUUUCUUGGUCUGCCUCUUUUUCUUUGCUUCGUGAACUUUUCUUGUAAUUCUGUUGGGUUGCAUCCUCAUCAAAUGCCCAUACCAGUUCAUUUGUCUCUUUUUUAGUUUAUUCAUUAUUGGUUCUUCGCUGGCCAUUCUCCUAAUAGUCUCGUUGCUUAAUCUAUAUCAUUUUGACUUUCCAACUAUCCUUCUUAAAUGUCUCAUCUCCAUUGAAUUUAUUCUGCUCUUAUGUUUUUUCAGAAUUGUCCGGUUUUCACUUGCAUAGAGCAGUCAGUAUCACUAUUGUGUUAUAUAUUUUUAUUUUUGUCUCUCUUAUAAGUUCUUUUUUCACAGUAUUGGUGCUAACGCAUAGCAUAACUUGUUUGAUUUCUUUGCUCUAUUUGUUAUUUUCCAGUCUAUUUUUCCGUCAUUGAUAAUGAUACUUCCCAGGUAUUCGUAAGUUGUAACUAUGUAUUUUCAGUUCUGAGUUUUUGCAUUUCAUCUUUAUCUUCUUUGCCGUUUAUUAUCAUUAUUUUUCCUUUUUCCUCGUUUUUUUCCAUUUUUAGUUCUUCUAUUUGCUCUACCCAUGUAUCCAUUAGUUUCUGCAUUUUGUUCUCGGAAUCUGCUAUUAGUACUAUGUCGUCCGCAUACAUUAAGGAAUCUAUUGUUACCGGUUGUAAUCUAUGGUAUCCUAUUAUUGUCUGUAGUUGGUUGGUUAUUACUUUAAUUUUGAAGUGAAAACUUCUUUAGGGACGUUGUGCGAUUUUUGGAUAGGGGAAAAAGCAUUGAAUUCGCGACCGUCAUCGCAUUUAAAUUUAAAAUAGAUGUAAAACCUACUUUAGGAUGGAGAAAAAGGAUUAGAAUUUUGUACAUAUAUAGGUAUAUUAUGUGUAUGUAUAUAUAAAUUGUAUGGAAGUAUUUAAAUUUAAAAUAAAUGUAAAACCUAUUUUAGGA